AUGUACAGACGAAAUCUACUUUAUAGCACAAAGAAAUUGGAAAAUAAAAUUCAAGACAUAAUCGCAAUCAAGUUGGAUCCAAAAAACUUUUUACUCAUUAGCAGUAGAUGCCACGCUUUCAUAAGUGUAGGGCAAUUUUACCUUGCUAUGCAGGAUGCUCUCAUGCUUAUCAAAAUGUGACCGGACUAUUCCCUAGGAUAUGAGCUAAAAGCUAGAAUUAAGUUUGAAACCUUCCAAUUCUCCGAAACAAUCGAUUCCUAUUGCAAAGUACAGAGUUUCGAAUAUCAUAGCGACAUAAGAGAUGCCAUAUGUACAGCUACCAGAGAACUUUUCAAGGAUAGACGAGCGGACCAGCAAAUUCCUUGAUUGGGUGCUGGUAUUGGCAUUAUCCUUGGCGUUAGUGUUGUAAUGGAAAAUUAUGUCUUUAGUAGCAAACCUACAUUAACGCAUCCUCUUCUGAUGGCUCUAUUGACUAUUUCAAUAGCAAUGUUAGGCUUUUCCAUUGCGAAAGGAUUCCGAUACUUUGUAAAAUGUCAAAGAAAAGCAUUAAUGAAACCUGUACCAGAAAUAGAGAUAGAAAGAUUAAUUAAUGAAAAUUAUGACGAAGCUGUGAAUGAAUACCAUGGGAUAGAUGAUGAACCUCGGACCAGGAAAAGAUCGAAAAAGAAAACUUGUCGUCGAGAAAUAUGGCUACGUUGUUAGACGAGACCUAGAAUUUAUUUUGUAAGUACACCGGCAGGUUUGAAUGCUGUCCCUACGGAUUGGUGUCGCCAGUGGUGAGUUACGGUACUAACGGCCGUAGCAGUGGCAAGUUUAAAUUGCAACGAACGAUAUGAUUGUUUACGAAAAAUCGGUCGUCUGCAAAUAAAGCUAUUAUGGUAAAUAUAAUAAAAGUGAAUUUUUCCCAAAAUCCCAAGUCAAGACAUUUAAAUUACGUGUUCAAUUGCGAAGGUACAACGGUUCAUAAACUUUCUAGUGAUUCCGUUAGUAGACUACUAAAAAGCACAAUCAAUUUUAAUUUUAAAAU